AUAAAUAUAUAAGCUAGCACGCAAAGUCAGAGGGCAGACUAUCUAAACGCGUAAAAGCGAAGAACCUUGGAGGCUGAUCGGUGUUGUUGGCCCUCUCAUUGCCGUUGCGCUUUCGUUUCUCUCUGUUAGCGAUCUCUUGCCGGUAAGGCCUUCCGAUACCUGUGAAUUUCUCAAGGGUCUCACAGAAAUCGAGGUCUAGGGUAUUUGCUCACGGUCUUCGUUUGUAAUUCGCCGAUUUGCCUAUCUGUUUGUGAUUUUGUAGUUGAAUAUUUUGUGCUCUGUGUUCUGUGUUUCUGUGCUGAUUGAUCUUGGGUUUGCUCGGAAAAAAAAGAUUCAAUUUGUUAUUUUGGGUUUGGAUUGGCUAGGGUUUGAACAAACUAAAUUAUUGACUUUUGGGGGUUUAGGGUUUUGAAAAUUGAUUGGGGGUUUUCUGUUUUGAUUUUGAUUGUUGAGUCUGAUCACUGAUUUAGAAGAGAUUGUUAAUCAUAUGGCGACAGGGCGAGUCGAUGUUUUGAGGAGAAGGGAUUCUUAUAAUUAUUCCAAAAGAGAAUUUGAAUCUUAUACGAAUGGGGUUUGUCGAGGUGAUGGCGUCAAACAUAAGAAUGGAUUCCAUUUACCUUCCAAUGUGCGCAAUUCAGGAGGGUCUGAACGCUCGUCAAAUUCCUCAGAACCGUGUUUUAAGAAUAGCAAAACCCGAAAGAGUGAAUGUUUGGUUCAAUUGCCUCCUGAGAAGAAGAGGAAGUUUUCUCCUAUUAUAUGGGACAGAGAAGAGAAGCAAGUGAGAGUCUCAUCAAAGAAUAGGGUUAUUCCAGUUAUUCCUCCGUCCCCUGCUGAUCCAACCUCAGUUCAGAACGUUCUUUUUGAUGGGGUUGUUUCAAAGUCUCCAGCUACGGUGGUUAAGUCUCAGGACAUGGAUGUCUCUGAACCCUCCGUGGCAGAUUGUUUGGAGGGUAGUUGUAAAUCGGAGGCUCCUGCUGAUUUGUCUACACAUCUGCAUUCUGAGCAGUCCGGGCAAGAUGAGCAGGCUAAAAAAAACAUGGUCCAUCCACCCAACAUCUCUUUGUCAAGAUGGGCAUCUGAUAGUGAUUCUCCAAGGGCUCCAAGGGAUAUUGCUGAUGACCCGUGCAGUUCUCCUGAAAGCGGGGAGAUCCAAAGAGAAGGCUCGGGGGGGAGCUGGACCAGAGUUUCUAGCUCUGACGAAGAAAGCAGCUUUGAGACGGCUGGAGAAAAAUAUUAUGGAGAAGAGUUAUGUGACGAAAACAUGAAUAUUGAUAAACAUGAUGGGAAUGCUGGCGUUGGCAUUAAUCAGUUGUACUCUGAUUCAGAGUCUGAUUCAGAGGAUGAUGUUGAUCUUCCUAAGAUUGAAGAGCCUGCGGUGCCUAUGCAAGGAAGUAUAAACAUGCUUCAGGGUUGCAGAAGUGUGUUUGAGUAUGAAAAACUCAACAAAAUAAAUGAAGGCACUUAUGGUGUUGUCUAUAGAGCCAGAGAUAAAAAGAGUGGAGAAAUUGUAGCAUUAAAGAAGGUGAAGAUGGAUGUUGAUAAGGGAUGUGAUGGUUUCCCAAUGUCAGCGUUGAGAGAAAUCAACAUUCUUUUGUCUUUUAAUCACCCUUCGGUUGUAGGUGUUAAGGAAGUUGUUAUGGACGACUUUGAUGGUGUUUAUAUGGUCAUGGAGUAUAUGGAAUAUGACCUCAAGGGGCUAAUGGAUUCUAUGAAACAGCCAUUUGGUAUAGGUGAAGUAAAGUACUUGAUUCUACAGCUUUUGAACGGUGUAGAGUAUCUUCAUGACAAUUGGGUCCUUCACAGAGAUCUGAAAUCAUCAAAUCUCCUUGUGAACAAGGAGGGUGAGUUGAAAAUAUGUGAUUUGGGGUUGUCACGCCAGUAUGGAAGUCCACUGAAGCCAUAUACUCCUUUGGUUGUCACUCUGUGGUACAGGGCACCUGAAAUUCUAUUAGGUACAAAACAGUACUCUACAGCAAUUGAUAUGUGGUCGGUUGGUUGCAUAAUGGCUGAAUUGUUGGCAAAAGACGCAUUGUUCAAAGGGAAAACUGAAGUUGAUCAGAUUGAUAAGAUCUUCAGAAUGCUUGGUACACCAGAUGAGAAAAGUGGAUUAUCCAAAUUGCCAGGCUUCAAAGUUAAUUCUGUCAAACAACAGUGCUACAAUCAUCUGCGCAAGAAAUUUCCUGCAGCAUCUUUCACUGGAUCAUCCCCAGUGCUCUCUGAAUCGGGGUUUGAUCUGUUGAAGCGGCUCUUAUCAUAUAACCCUGCGGAGCGAAUAACAGCAAAGGAUGCUCUCAACCAUAACUGGUUUUGUGAGUCCCCUGAACCGAGAUAUGAUUUCAAGCCAAUUACUCCUGAUCUGCAUUCAAGACCGGUACCUAAGCAGCAGGCAGCGUGAGAAAAAUUUAAGCAAUAAUCUCAGCCUUUUUUUGGCAGUUCUUCAAAUUUUGCUAACCUGACCAUUAGGCAGCUGCAAAGCACAACAUGUGACUGUAGGGCCCUUUAGGAUUGCUACAGCAAAGGAGUUGCCUGGAGAGUCGGUGGCAGUAAUGGUUUGUCCUUUUAAGAGCAGCAUAGUGGUGCAGUCUUUGUACAUAAUUGAAUCAUAUUGUUUCUAUUCAAAUUUCUUCAUUAUUUUUAUGUAAAACCUUUUGUUUUCUCUUUAUUCAUGCUUAUACUUUUAUUUGCAAGAGAUUCUGGGCCUUAAAAGAAUGGGAGGGUGUUAUUGGCAUUUCGCACUUGAAGGACAGGAAUUUUCCCAAACGUAAGUUAUUUUACUGCACACAAUGGCUUUUGAGGUGUAUCCAGUCUUUUACAUGUAUUGCUGGUUGCUUGUAUUGUGGUGUAUCCAAUUUUCCAUGUUUUCUUAGAUCAUGAUGCUCUGCCUCCAAUGCUUCGCUUAUGGUUAUCCUAUGUUAGGCCAUUGUCUGUUCAUACUCCAUUCAGCAAAUAUAUAAUUAAAAUGCUGGA